AUGAACAGCAGCGCUCCGGCGAGCGCCGCCGCUCAGGUCGCCAAUAUAGCAUAUUGUUAUAUAUUACCUACAAUAUGCAUACUGGGGAUUAUUGGAAACAUCACAAAUCUUGUUGUGCUUGCUUCAAGAAAGCUGAGAGCCGUUUCCUAUAUGUAUUUGAGAGCACUGGCAGUUGCUGACCUGCUAUGCAUGCUGUUCGUAUUAAUAUUCGUUUCGGUGGAAAUUCUUGAGAAACAAGGUAUCCAUUUCAACCGCUGGAAAUGGUACAGCUUCUACCAGACCCAUUUGAUGUUGACGUUUAUCAAUUGGGCAUUGGGUACUGGGGUUUUUGUGGUGAUGGCAUUAUCGUUGGAAAGAUACAUUUCAAUCGUCUUUCCGUUGCAUUUCCGAGCUUGGAAUUCACCACAAAGAGCGAACAAGGCGAUAAUAUUUUCCUAUUUGAUCCCAGUGUUCCUCUACAUCCCCUAUGGAACUUGUCGGUAUCAAGCUACCGAAAACUGGGAUGCAAAGGACAACGUCACAUUCUAUAAAGUGAUCGAUAGCGAAAUUUCUCAAUCUUUGGGAUGGCAGUUAUACAAAUGGACCCGAGAGGGAAUGCUUCGUUUUGGCCCAAUCAUCCUCCUAUCAAUUCUCAAUGUCCAAAUCAUGUUCGCAUUCCGGAAGCGCCAAAAAAUGUUUGCCCAAUUAACGAAGCGAAACGAGAAAAAUUCAGCGCAUCGUGGCAGCAAUAAAGACGACACACUACUCUACAUGCUGGGUGGUACAGUGAUCAUGUUCUUCAUCUGCAAUAUCCCGGCCGCCAUUAAUUUGAUUCUCAUUGACGAGGCGCUGAAGAAACGAUGGGAUUAUCAAAUAUUCCGGGCAGCAGCCAAUCUGCUCGAAAUUACGAAUCAUGCUUCUCAAUUUUACGUGUUUUGUGCUUGCUCAACAGAUUAUAGAGUUACAUUCCUUCAAAAAUUCCCCUGCUUCCAAAAAAGUUAUGCAAAUAAGCGGAUGCGUUCAUUCGUCAAACGAACGCAAUCUGUGAUGAAUCGAGAACGCGAAAGCGAGCCUGGGGUUGAUGGGCAUAGAGCGGAAGAAUCGCCAUCACAUUCAAAAACCAGUAGACACGACGGAAAUAGGGAUCAAGAUACGGUGGAUAUACAUUUGGCUUCAGGGGAGUCGGACGGACUAUCCGGCGAACGAGAAAGCGACUCCCUCAUCCGCUACGGUGUCGUCGCAUCGCUCAAAAUGGCCGAAGACACCGCCGACAGCACAUUUCUA